CUGCUUCUAUAAGCGGUGCCUGGGGCCGGCGGCGCCGCCACAAACGCGGGCACGGCGGGCGGCGCAGGAUGGGCGCGCGUGGCGCCGCGAGCCCGCCGCGAGGCCCCGGGCCGCUCCUCCCCGCCAUCCUCCCGCUGCUGCUGCUGCCGCUGCCGCCGGGCUCGGGCGCCGCGGCCGGCCGGCCGCCCCACCUCGUCUUCGUGCUGGCGGACGACCUGGGCUGGAACGACGUGGGCUUCCACGGCUCGGCCAUCCGCACGCCGCGCCUGGACGCGCUGGCGGCUGGCGGGGUGCUGCUGGACAACUACUACACGCAGCCGCUGUGCACGCCCUCGCGGAGCCAGCUGCUCACCGGCCGCUACCAGAUCCACACAGGUUUACAGCAUCAAAUAAUCUGGCCCUGUCAGCCCAGCUGCAUUCCUUUGGAUGAAAAACUCCUGCCCCAGCUUCUAAAAGAAGCAGGCUACGCUACCCACAUGGUUGGAAAAUGGCACCUGGGAAUGUAUCGGAAAGAAUGUCUUCCAACACGCCGAGGAUUUGAUACCUACUUUGGAUAUCUUCUAGGUAGUGAAGAUUACUACUCCCACGAGCGGUGUACCUUAAUUGACGCUCUGAAUGUCACACGAUGUGCUCUUGAUUUUCGAGAUGGUGAAGAAGUUGCAACAGGAUAUAAAAAUAUGUAUUCAACAAACGUAUUUACUGAAAGGGCUACAACCCUGAUAACCAACCACCCACCAGAGAAGCCUCUGUUUCUCUACCUUGCUCUCCAGUCUGUCCAUGAGCCCCUUCAGGUCCCCGAGGAAUACCUGAAGCCCUAUGACUUCAUCCAAGAUAAGAACAGGCACCACUAUGCAGGCAUGGCGUCCCUUAUGGAUGAAGCAGUGGGAAAUGUCACCGCAGCCUUGGAAAGCCGCGGGCUCUGGAACAACACGGUGUUCGUCUUCUCCACAGAUAACGGCGGGCAGACCUUGGCGGGGGGCAACAACUGGCCGCUUCGAGGAAGAAAGUGGAGCCUGUGGGAGGGCGGCGUGCGAGCCGUGGGCUUCGUGGCCAGCCCCUUGCUGAAGCGGAAGGGCGUGAAGACGCGGGAGCUCAUCCACGUUUCUGACUGGCUGCCCACCUUGGUGAAGCUGGCCGGGGGCAGGACAGCCGGCACCAAGCCUCUGGAUGGCUUCGACGUGUGGGCAACCAUCAG